CUGUAAUGCCAAACGUCACCUUAUUCUUCAUUCAUAAUUUUAUAAUUCCACUAUCUUCCUAUAUAAAUAAACUCUAAGUCCACCCUCAUUUUUCACACUGCUCUAAUCCCAAAUUGAACAAAAAGAAAUAAAAAAUAAAAAUUGAUAGUAGUGCUGAAAAUUAGGAAGGAAAAAAAUGCAGAAAGAAGAACAAGUGAUCGCAAUCACAAACAGCAAUGAGCAUUUGGAUUCGUUUCUGUGUCCUAGCUUCAACAGCUACUCCACCGAUCAACUCGCCGGAAUCGCCGCUCAAGUUGGCCGAGACAACCUAAACGACGAUACAGAUUUCGAGUUCGUCGCGUUUCAAGAGACCGCGGACGACGACGCCGUUUUCCCGCUCUUCAACCGCGAUCACCUGAAGGACAAUCACAGCAGCGACACAUCCGCGUUGACAAUUCGCCGGAGCGAACGCGAUCCUCCACCGCCGACGCUGAGCGGGUGCAGGAAGAGUAAUUCGACGGGAUCGUGGUCUUCGAAGCGGUGGAAGCUUCUGGAUCUGCUUCGUCGGAGCAACAGCGACGGAAGGGAGUCGCUAGGGUCACUAACGCCGUCGCCGUCGAAGAAUAAGGCGAAAGAGCAGUGGAACUCCGGGAGUGUCGAAGUCACCGGAAAAUCGAAGGCGAAGGGUUUCGCCGACGGCGGGAAGAAAGCUCCGGUAUCGGCGCACGAGGCUUUGUACGUGAGGAAUAGGGAGUUGAGAAGAAUGGCUACGAAGAAAUCGUUUUUGCCGUAUAAGCCAGAAUUGGUUGGUUUUUGCACAAGGCGUUUGGGCAAGGCAUUCCCUUCAUUUUGAGUUCAUUGCGUAUUCCAAUUUUUUUUUUGCUUUUCUUUUCCGUCACGCGCGAGAUAAUUAGAAUAUUAGAUGGAGAUUCUUCUUUCUUUUUUCUUUUUGGAUUUGCUCUUCUUAAUUUGAUGUCAAUUGUAUGAUUUGUAUCUAUCACGUUGUAUAUAGCAUCACAAUUGGGUACCCCAUCACAAUUUGUAUUUUGUAACUCAAAUUGUUUUGACAAUAUAUCUACAUUGUUUACAGCUCACAA